GGGCCGGCCGGCCGGGCUGGAGCCAUGGGGCUGGGCGCCAGCGCCGAGCUGCCCACGGGGGGCGACGAGGGCUUCCACCUGCACGGGGUGCAGGAGAACUCCCCCGCCCAGCAGGCUGGCCUGGAGCCCUACUUUGAUUUUAUCAUCACCAUCGGGCACUCAAGACUGAACAAGGAGAACGACACCCUGAAAGCGCUGCUGAAGGCCAACGUGGAGAAGCCGGUGAAGCUGGAGGUGUUCAACAUGAAGACCAUGCGGGUGCGCGAGGUGGAGGUGGUGCCCAGCAACAUGUGGGGCGGCCAGGGCCUGCUGGGUGCCAGCGUCCGCUUCUGCAGCUUCCGACGGGCCAGUGAGCACGUGUGGCAUGUGCUGGACGUGGAGCCCUCUUCACCAGCCUCCCUCGCAGGCCUGUGCCCCUACACAGACUAUGUGGUCGGCUCAGACCAGAUCUUGCAGGAGUCCGAGGACUUCUUCACGCUCAUCGAGUCCCACGAGGGCAAGCCGCUGAAGCUGAUGGUUUACAACUGCGAGUCCGAUACCUGCCGGGAGGUGACUGUCACUCCCAACGCAGCCUGGGGUGGAGAGGGCAGUCUGGGCUGUGGCAUUGGCUACGGGUAUCUGCAUCGGAUCCCGACACAGCCUCCCAGCUACCACCGGAAGCCGCCCAGGACGACACGGCCAGCUGGAGCCCAGCCACCCGGUGCCUCGCCACUGAGGGUCCCACCACCUGGACCCGCUCCCCCGGACUCUCCUGAUGCUCUGAGCCCGGAGACGGGCUCCAGGCUGGGUGACUACACAGAGGCCCUGUUGCAAGUUCCUGGCUCUCCCACAGAGGAGCAACUUACUGAGGCCUGGAGUCAGGGCCACGGGGCACCGGAACUGAACCUUGCAGCCUUGGCAUGCUCCCGGGAAACGUCCCUUCAGCCUCCGCCUCCACUGCAGCGAGUGAUGGAUCCAGGUUUCCUGGAUAUGUCGGAUAUCACCCUCUUGGACAGCAGCGAUGCUGGGGUUUGGUCCAGCCCAGCCCCCUCUACAGUGCCAGCCUCUGGCCCGGAGGAUGUGGGCUCCAGCAGUAGCUCUCAUGAGCGAGGAGGCGAGGCCACAUGGUCGGGGUCGGAGUUUGAGGUCUCCUUCCUGGACAGCCCCGGGGCCCAGGUCCAGCCAGAUCACCUGCCUCAGUUGACACUUCCCGACAGUCUCACCUCUGCGGCCUCUCCAGAGGAUGGGCUGUCGGCUGAACUGCUGGAAGCUCAGGCCGAGGAAGAACCAGCCAGCACCGGAAACCCAGAUCUUGAGGCUGGGGAGGAGGUGGCCAGCCAGGCCCCGGCCUCUCCCUCGGAAUGACGUUCUAGCUGGGGCAAAAAUGUUGACCCAACGUUGCCGGGGGUCCUGAUCUCCACCCAGGCGGCACUUGCAUCUGUUUCCACUUAAACUCGACCUCCCGGACUCCAAGAGACGCUCUCAGAGCCUUUCCUCUGCCUGAUGGUCCUGAUUUGGCAGGGCUGCGAGGAGAGGAGAGGUCAGCCUGUCACCAGGUGGCCUGAGGGAAGGGAGGAUCCCUUUGGCUGAGGAGG